AUGCCUCCUAGGUGCUGCAGCGAGGAAUGCUGGGGCACGCUUCAUUUCGCGUUACAUCUUGGUUUUGCGAAAGAAAAUAUCACUGCGUAUAGCUCGAUUUACGGAAUGGCGUUACUGUGCACAAUUGUCGGUAGCAUUCGCUCCCUUUAUUUUGUCCAGAAACAUAUUCGUAAAAAGCGACUCAUUGAAACAUCAAUAACUGUGUAA